GUACUUCCUCGUUGAAACACCGCACGCACUACUUGCCGAACCAUGAGUGCCGCCUGUCAGGAUGAGUGGGAUCUGCAGGGCUUGCCGAUGCCGCAGAGCCUGGACUGGAAGUCCGUUGAUGAAGCCAAACCAUUUGGGAGAAAUCUGCUCAAGAACCCAACUCCUCACGGAUUAAGUAAAGAUAUAGCUCCACCUGAACCUGAGCUGUCUGAAGUGCCCAUGGACGGCCCACCGAUUUUUCAACCAGAAGGUGACUUCAGUGGCUGGACCACAAACACAGAAGUUCUCCCUUAUGAUAGCAGUGGUAUUCCACAAGGGGCUGUUAUCUGUGCUUUGCCUCAGUAUAGCUGGUUCUCCCUGGAGCAGACUGUGGACUUAAAGGCAGAGGGGCUAUGGGAAGAGCUGCUGGAUGAUUUUCAACCGGAAAUAGUGAUUCACGACUGGUAUGAGGAGAGUCAAGUGCAUCAGUCGAUCUACCAACUACAUGUGAAGUUAUUGGGCGCAGACCAAAGCACGGUGAUCUCAGAGCACUCUGUCAACCCCACUGAGGAUCUGAGCACUUAUUCCCACACAUGGAAGGAGGUGUCACACGUGUUCUCUGGCUACGGCCCGGGAGUGAGGUACAUUCACUUCUUGCACAAACUGAAGAACAAAUUCAUGAUGUCCUUCUUCCCCACCAUGUUUACUGGCAGCUCAGUCGUUGUCAACCCUAUCAAAACCAGCUCAUAGACCUUUUCUGGAAAGGCUGCUGAAAUGUACUCACAAUUUCAGAUUGUGAAUUCUUACUUUUUAAAUGAUGAUUCAAUGGAUGCUCUGGGACAAGACAUUGCUGGCCUAGCAGUACCCAUCUCAGAAUUGAAAAUAAAUAGUCUACAAGUUUCA